UCAGUAAACUUUGGUCGUAUCAUUUUCCAAACGAUUUAUCACAUCCAUUCUUACCUAGAACUCGUAAGACAAAAUGCAAUUAACACUGGCGACAAAGUUUAUUUAAAUGUGCCUAGCGGAAACUUUGGUAAUGCUUUGGGUGGAUAUUACGCGAUAAAAAUGGGAUUGCCUGUAGAAAAAAUCCUCAUUGCCUCAAACAACAACAAUAUCCUAACGCAGUUAAUCAACACCGGUGCUUACGACUUACGCACAUCAAAA